AUGUUUAUAGCUACUAUCAUCGCUAGUACCUCAGCCCAACCUCACCCGGCCAACGAAGAAGCUCGUGCCGGAUCCCCCAGGACGAUAUGGCAAAGCCGGUUCCUCCAUCAGAUUAGUAAGCAAACCACGACGGAGCAGCAGCUCAUCCUCUCCCUCGACCGGGCGUUCACCCAUAUUAUUUUGGACGACUCGGAUCGUGAAGUGGACGUUGAAAUGUUUUCAUCCCGCAGCUCUUAUCGGGAGAAACGGGGUCUUUUGAUGCCCCGAAAUUAUGGAGAUAGCUGGUGGUCGAAAAUGCAAGUGCAUUUUCAUGCCAAGAACACGAUCACCCUGAUCGUUGCCGUCGGUUUCAUCUACCUUGCCUAUCUGAUAUUCUUCGCUUCUGGUGAUGGAUUUCCGGAGAUUGACAUCGAUGUCAAGGACAUUAUCAAUUAUGCCGUACUUGCCGCUGAAGUUGGCGGUCACGCCGUUUAUUCAAUUGCCAAUGAGAAAGCUCUGUCGAUUCAACAGAAGGGCUUGACGGACGAGGGCAAAGCCGAGCUUCUGACGCAAGCGGAUCUGAUUUCAAAUUUCCUCAUCCUGGACACUCUUAAGAGAUUUCCACAUCUAAAUAUUAUCACGGAAGAAAAAGAUUCAACAAUUACCGAAACCGAGGCCGAGCCUUAUAGGACAGAUAAGUACGCUGCUUGGCUGGAAGUCCGGAACGCAUUGGAAAAAUUCCCGUCACAUCGAUAUGCUCUUGGAGACGUCCAAAUAUAUGUCGACCCAUUGGACGCUACUCAAGAAUACACGGAGGGUCUCACCCAGUAUGUGACGGUCAUGACCUGCAUCACCGUCAAGGAUGAGCCCAUUUUUGGGGCAAUCUAUCGGCCAUUCUUCAAUGAAACAAUUGUUGGUCUCCGUGAUUGGGGCGUAAUGCGGGUGUUGCAUCGAGACAACGAUGUGCCAUUGGUCGAGAAAGUGGUGCUGAAGCCAGAGGAAACCCGGAAAACGAUCGUCGUUAGCAGAUCCCAUGCUGGUGCCGUCGAGGAGCUGGCCAAGGCUGCCUUUGGCGAGGGCUACACGGUGGAACCGGCUGGCGGCAGCGGGUAUAAAACGCUUCGGGUGCUGAACGGGACUGCUGAAAUGUACGUCCACCAGACCGCCAUCAAAAAAUGGGACACCUGCGCCGGAGAUGCUCUCCUCCGCGCUGUCGGCGGAUCGAUGCUAGAUCUUGAGGGUGAACCCCUAAAAUAUGGUGCCACCAGCGAAAUCCUCAACAAGAAAGGACUGAUCGCAACUGCUCAAAUGCCGUACACGUACUACCAGAAAUUGAAGCCUCAUGUGAAAUUGCCA